CCCAGGUUCUUCCUCCUGCCAGGGCUGAAGUUCUCAACUACUGCCAGCGCCUCUGUGUGAGCUCUGGCCUUCCCUGCUGCACACUUCCCCGGUCCCAGAGGAAUCAGACGAUGUCCACAGACAUGGAGACUGCAGUCGUCGGCAAGGUGGACCCUGAGGCUCCACAACCCACCCACAUUGAUGUGCACAUCCACCAGGAGUCUGCUCUGGCCAAACUUCUGCUGGCCGGAUGCUCAUUGCUAAGGAUUCCAGCAUCCGCUUCCACCCAGAGCCAGGGCAGCAGCAGAGUGCUGGUGGCCUCCUGGGUGGUGCAGACUGUGCUGGGGGCUCUGAGUGUGGUUCUGGGUGGAACCCUCUACAUAGGCCAUUAUUUAGCCAUGUAUUCCGAAGGCGCCCCCUUCUGGACUGGGAUCGUGGCUAUGCUGGCUGGAGCUGUUGCCUUCCUUCACAAGAAACGGGGUGGUACCUGCUGGGCCCUGAUGAGGACCCUUCUUGUGCUGGCAAGUUUCUGCACCGCUGUGGCUGCCAUCGUUAUUGGGUCUCGUGAGUUGAAUUUUUACUGGUAUUUUCUCGGAGAUGAUGUCUGUCAAAGAGACUCUUCAUAUGGAUGGUCCACCAUGCCUAGAACCACUCCAGUUCCCGAAGAAGCUGAUAGGAUUGCCUUGUGCAUAUACUACACAAGCAUGCUAAAGACCCUGCUCAUGAGCCUCCAAGCUAUGCUCUUGGGUAUCUGGGUGCUGCUGCUCCUGGCUUCUCUCACCCCUGUAUGUGUCUACAUCUGGAAAAGAUUUUUCACAAAGGCGGAAACAGAGGAGAAGAAACUGCUGGGUGCAGCUGUGAUCUAGCCUUUCCUCUUGCUCCGGGCGUCCCUCCUACUGAAGCCUGAAAGAAGAAUCAGGCAGGACUAAGAAGACCCUCCCCCACUAGCAGGGCCAUGGCCACUGCCUGGUUCUGCCCAGCACCACAGCAGCUCUCAGCAGCACUUGCUUGUCUCUCCAUCCUUCACCGUCCUAUAUCCCUCCUCAGGCAGCAACUUGAUAAUAAACUCUCCUGUUAUUGCUGGC